AUGCAUCUUAAAUAUUUUCUGGCGGAAGCUAGCUCACCCGCAACCACCAGCGCUACUGCAGCUAGCUCACCCGCAACCACCAGCGCUACUGCAGCUAGCUCACCCGUAACCACCAGCGCAACUGCAGCUAGCUCACCCGCAACCACCAGCGCUACUGCAGCUAGCUCACCCGCAACCACCAGCGCAACUGCAGCUAGCUCACCCGCAACUACCAGCGCUACUGCAGCUAGCUCACCCGCAACUACCAGCGCUACUGCAGCUAGCUCACCCGCAGCCAGCGCUACUGCAGCUAGCUCACCCGCAACCACCAGCGCUACUGCAGCUAGCUCACCCGCAACUACCAGCGCAACUGCAGCUAGCUCACCCGCAACUACCAGCGCUACUGCAGCUAGCUCACCCGCAACUACCAGCGCUACUGCAGCUAGCUCACCCGCAACCACCAGGGCUACUGCAGCUAGCUCACCCGCAACCACCAGCGCUACUGCAGCUAGCUCACCCGCAACCACCAGCGCAACUGCAGCUAGCUCACCCGCAACCACCAGCGCAACUGCAGCUAGCUCACCCGCAACCACCAGCGUAAUUGCAGCUAGCUCACCCGCAACCACCAGCGUAAUUGCAGCUAGCUCACCCGCAACCACCAGCGCAACUGCAGCUAGCUCACCCGCAACCACCAGGGCUACUGCAGCUAGCUCACCCGCAACCACCAGCGCUACUGCAGCUAGCUCACCCGCAACCACCAGCGCUACUGCAGCUAGCUCACCCGCAACCACCAGCGCAACUGCAGCUAGCUCACCCGCAACCACCAGCGCAACUGCAGCUAGCUCACCCGCAACCACCAGCGCUACUGCAGCUAGCUCACCCGCAACCACCAGCGCUACUGCAGCUAGCUCACCCGCAACCACCAGCGCUACUGCAGCUAGCUCACCCGCAACCACCGGUGCAACUGCAGCUAGCUCACCCGCAACCACCAGCGCUACUGCAGCUAGCUCACCCGCAACUACCGGCGCAAUUGCAGCUAGCUCACCCGCAACUACCAGCGCUACUGCAGCUAGCUCACCCGCAACUACCAGCGCUACUGCAGCUAGCUCACCCGCAGCCAGCGCUACUGCAGCUAGCUCACCCGCAACCACCAGCGCUACUGCAGCUAGCUCACCCGCAACCACCAGCGCAACUGCAGCUAGCUCACCCGCAACUACCAGCGCUACUGCAGCUAGCUCACCCGCAACUACCAGCGCUACUGCAGCUAGCUCACCCGCAACCACCAGCGCUACUGCAGCUAGCUCACCCACAACUACCAGCGCUACUGCAGCUAGCUCACCCGCAGCCAGCGCUACUGCAGCUAGCUCACCCGCAACUACCAGCACUACUGCAGCUAGCUCACCCGCAACCACCAGCGCUACUGCAGCUAGCUCACCCGCAACCACCAGCGCUACUGCAGCUAGCUCACCUGCAACUACCAGUCUCCCGCAGGUCUCCCGCAGGUCACCCGCCAGCCAGCCGGGCUUUGGGUGA